AUGUCCUCCCCCAAGACUUACCUCAUAACCGGCACCACCUCCGGCAUCGGCCUCGCCCUAGUCCAACAGCUCCUCUCCCAAUCUCAAAACGUCAUCGCCACGGGGAGAAACAUCGUCUCCCGUUUCCCCUCCGACCUCGUCACCUCCCACCCCGACAACCUCAAGUUGUUAGAACUAGACAUCGCCUCCCCCCUCCCCCACCUCCAAUCCAUCGCCGCCCAAGCCUGGGACCUCUUCCCAGGCGGCAUCGACGUCCUAUUCAACAACGCAGGCAUGUCAGCCAUGAAACCCUUCGAAGAAGCCUCCGAAGAAUACAUCUCCCAAAUCUACACCGUCAACCUCUUCGGCCCCAUGCGCCUCACCCAAGCAUUUCUACCUCUCUUCCGGAACAACCGUAAGGGCGUAACAAUAGCCUUCACCUCCUCCUCAUCAACCUACACCCCCCUCCCCUUCAUGUCCCACUACUCCGCCUCCAAAUCCGCCCUCUCCACCACAAUCACCUCCCUCGCGAAGGAACUCCUCCCCUUCCACAUCUCCGUCCUGGCCUUCGAAUGCGGUGGCACAGUCACCAACCUUGGCCAACCGCGCCAAUCAUCCCUCUCCCCCUCCCCCUCCCCCUCCUCCCUCUUAUCACCACCACCACCACCACAAGAAACACCCUACGCCCAAGGAAUAACCUCCCUGAUAACCAUGUUCACCCGUGAUCCGCCAGCUUACAUGCCCGGGUCCCCCUCCAAAAUGGCAAAAACCAUGGUCUCAGUCAUCAACAAGAUCCAAAAGGGCGAAAAAGUACCCGUCAGGUUGGUCCUAGGGAGCGAUGCCUGGGAGAGCGUGAACCAAAACCUGGACGAGACGCAGCAAGUCCUGCAGGAGUGGAAACACGUCAGCUGGGGGACCGAUCGGGACGGGGUCAAGGGGGGCGCGGAGGUGGAUUACCUUCGUGCUGUUAGUAUCUUGUGA